AUGGCUAAAUUCAGAUACGACGAAAUCAGAGACGGAGACGGAAUCCGACUCAUCAUGCUCCAUCCGCGAAGGUCUCAAAGCCCGCAGCUCCAAUGCAGCCUCAUCCAUACCACGCUCUCCAAAUACGAAAAUGAGCUGAUCGAUCACUACACCGCUCUCUCUUAUGUCUGGGGAGACUCGAAGAAAACGUGCACGGUGUCAGUCAACAAUCAGGACGUGGAUGUAACCGCCAACUUGUACGCCGCUCUCAAAGAUCUCCAGGACGAGAACCGAGUCUCAUUCUUAUGGGCCGAUGCCUUAUGUAUCAAUCAGGCCGAUCUGGAUGAAAAGGGUCGGCAAGUGGCUCUGAUGGGAAGGAUAUAUGCGAGUGCACAACAUACGGUCAUCUACAUGGGUGAUCUGACUCCUGCCUCGGAGGCGCUUCUGAAACAUCUCUCAUUGUGCUCUGAUAGGCGUGAAGAUUCAUCUGAUGAUGCCAUGAAGGAUGGAGUCAGAGACAUCCUGGAGCGACCUUGGUUCUAUCGUGUCUGGGUUUUUCAAGAGCUAGUCUUAUCCCGAGAUCCUUGGAUCCAGUGUGGUAGACUUCGAGUGCGCUGGAAUCAAUUAUACGACCACAUGAAACCGCGUUCUGAGGCUCCGAUGCUAAGAAAGGCGAGUAAUUCCUUCCGCCAAAUGCACGAAGCACACGUUAAGUACAAAGAAAGCCUUUUAUCGAUUGACAAGCGGCCUAAAUUGGGGGACUUGGUCGCCACUCACAAAGGUUUUGGAGCAGCUGAUCCUCGCGAUAUGAUAUACGCCUUCCUAGGAGUUGCUUCAGAAGUUCUGGACCCAGAUCUAGCAAUCGACUACAAGAAGUCAUGCGUGGAUCUCUACAUAGACUUUGCUUGCUGCGCGAUCAGAUAUCAUGAUUACUCCAGACUACUGUCCUUGGUGUCAGAAUCCCUGUCCAAUCAACAACGUAUGCCAGACCUACCGUCUUGGGUGCCAGAUUGGUCCAGCUCCUCAGGUCAAAACAGCACUGAAUAUAUCUCUAGAAAAGCCUUAGGGUCGCAAAACUGGGAACAUUAUGUAGCGAUUAGAGAACCUCCGGUACUUGCUUUUGGUGGUCAGGAGAAAGGCGUCAUCCGAACCCUUAGGGCGCGAGGCUCUGAGUUCUUUAGAAGCAUGGGCUUUUCAACAUCAGAACUUGUUAAACUCCAUAUUGAAAGAGCAUCAUUCUUUGGGUAG